AUGUUUGCCUACAGGGACUUAGUUGUGGCAACUAAUAACUUUUCAGAGGAAGGGAAGCUAGGGCAAGGAGGUUUUGGAAGCGUCUACAAAGGUUUCUUGGCAAAAACGGACAUGGAAAUUGCAGUGAAGAAGAUAUCAAGCAACUCUAACCAAGGAAAAAAGGAGUACAUUUCUGAGGUGAUAUCUAUAAGUCGUUUGAGACACCGCAAUUUGGUUCAACUCGUUGGUUGGAGCCACGAACAGGAGUUUGUAGUGGUUUAUGAGUACAUGCCCAAUGGAAGUCUAGAUUCACAUUUAUUUGACUUGAGAAGUCAUCUCUCGUGGCCAAGGAGGUCCAAAAUUGUUCACGGGUUAGCAUCUGGAUUACUCUAUCUCCAUGAGGAAUGGGAGCAAUGUGUAGUGCAUAGAGAUAUCAAAUCAAGCAACGUGAUGUUAGAUUCAAACUUCAACGCAAAACUUGGUGACUUCGGUCUAGCGAGGUUUGUGGACCACGGACUUGGCUUACAAACAACGGAUUUGGCCGGAACCAGGGGCUACAUUGCUCCAGAGUGUUUUAUUACAAGCAAGUUUAGUAAGGAAUCAGAUGUUUUUAGUUUUGGGGUGGUGGCAUUAGAGAUUGCAUGUGGGAGGAAAGUAGUGGAGCCAAAGGUAGAAGAAUCAAAGAUUAGUUUACUCAAUUGGGUGUGGGUGUUAUAUGGAGAGGGAAGGCUUUUAGAAGCAGUGGAUGAGACGCUAAAUGGGGAUUAUGACAUGGACGAGAUGAAAUGUUUGAUGAUUAUUGGGCUAUGGUGUGCUCAUCCAGAUCACACUUUAAGACCUUCUAUAAGGCAAGCAAUUAGGGUUCUUAAUUAUGAAGCACCAUUGCCUUCCCUUCCGUCCAAAAUGCCUCUGCCAUCAUAUUAUUAUGCCCCUGAAGCGAUGACUGCCGACCAAAUCCUCCAGUUCACUUGUACAAGCAAAGGAGGGAGCACAUCAGCUACCAAGGACGACUCAAGGGUGUGA